GUUCUUUGAAGCAGCAAAGCCAUUGUGAAGCAUCGUUCUCGAGUCAAAAGACUCUAAAGUCUCUAGCCAUACUGUCUAUGCUUACUCCAUAAUGGCCUUGUCUUUCUUUAUACCUGAUAGCUGCUCAGUCUCUUGUCUGAACACCAUAAGUCUUUCUUCUUGUUCACAACGAGCUUGAGGCGUUCCACUGGAAUGCCUCGAAGGCUGAACUACAUAACCAAAGGUCCUGUCCGAGGCUUUCGUUCUGAUUCUUUUCUCGACAGGCCAGACAGCAAACACAAACACUCCACAACAAUACACCAUUUCCUCUAUCACUUAGACAUCGACACCUACACCAUCAAAACCUGUAAGUAUACCUCCACGCCAACCUCAACUAACGAGCACAGUUCAUCCCUCUCUCACCCUCCAAAAUCAACAUCACGACUUAUAUCAAAGUCCAAGGUAAGCUUCCACACAAAGCUGACCAAACUAACAUCCCUCCCCAUCAUCCUCCUCACCCUCGCCAACAUAACACCGGCCCUCACACUAUACAUACCCAAUUUCCUAAACUACACAAACAGCACAAACAUAACCUACCACAUCCCACCUCCUCCAGCCCCCUCCGGCACCCUCCCCAGCACCAUCUCCACCCUCCAAACACCAGACAAAAACGACCUCGUCUGGGUCCCGCCAAGCAGCCCAACCUUCUACCGCGGCAACCGCCGCUACGAAGACGAAGUCUGCGGCGCCUCCUCCUUCACAGGCAUAACCCGCGCCACAUCCCCCCUGACAACAGACUGCCUCGCCCUCGCCGACGACGCGGCAAAAGAGCGUUACGUCUGGUACGCAAAGGGCUUCGUCGACAACACCACCAUCCUCGGCAUCCGCUCCCACGGCACCUGCACCUUUGGCAUCAAACCCCCCUACGCGGAUGCGUUACCGCGGAUCAUGACGGGGUGGUACGUCGGCGGCGUGGACGUCGCGGAGGUGGUUCGCACCGCGGUGCGGGAUUACGACGUCGCGGGCCAGAUUGGCGCGAGCGGGAUGAUGCAUUGCUGGGCGAAUCGGCAGAACCAUGUCGAUGUGCAGUGGGCUAUUUACGGUGCGAGUGAGCAGGCUGAGGCGGGCAACUUUUGGGCGCCGCCUGUGCCUGCGAAUUCGGGUGCUGGGAAGGGUGGGAUUGUGAGUACUGGGGUGAUUACUGGGGUUUUGGUUUUCUGGUUGUUAUUGUUGUUUUGGUAUAUUGUGAACCGAGUGUUGUAGAUGUAUGGUUGUUGGUACUUGGUUGGUAAGUUGCAAGAGAAAUGAUACAAGCUUUUGGUGUACCACGGACUUCGUGUAAGGCGUCAUGUAGCUUGAAAGUUCGGAGAG